UAGAUCGGCGUAUGGGGAAUAAAGAGGCGCGAGCAGAACUGUCUCCAUUGAGUACAUGUCGUCAGUCGGCAAGAUGCGCGUUUCCAAGGCGGUGAGCGGCUCGCAAAAACUUGGGUCCGUUGAGAUCCAGCAGGAUGGCGGACGUCGACGACCUGCGCGGGUGGCGACAAUUAUGCUGAAUGCCUCCAUUGCCAUCAUUUUGGUCAUCUUUGAAGGAGUGGCGUAUUUCGCAGACUUACCAAUAGUUUGCGGGAGCGGCCACACGACGUCACUUCCGGUGUACAGCUCAGAGCGGCGCAUCGUGCCACACUCGUCGUGGAGCUUGCGGCAACAGACCCACACUAUUCAGUUGGCGCAUCCGACGCCGUACGCUGUGGUGAAGCACACAGCGGGACCGGAGUGCUUCGGCCUGCACAACUGCACCUCCGUACUGCGGGCCAUACAGGAGCUGCACUGGCAGAUGUAUGAUCAACCAGAUAUCUCCUACAACUUCUUGAUCGACAGCAAUGGCAAUAUCUAUGAAGGCCGAGGUUGGAACAACACGAACCCCAGUAAGGGUAUUGCUCUGCGCUGCAAUGUUGAUGUGGCGCUCAUCGGCAACUACGUCGAGCGCAACAUGACUAAGGGGAUGUCAUCAGCACUGCGCUGGUUGCUGGAGAAGGGUGUGAGCACGGGUAUGCUGGCGCCCGACUACCGCCUGCUGGCACACAACCAGGUGAAGAACACGCUCAGCCCAGGGCGCUGGGCCCUCCUGGAGAUUGCAGACUGGCCACACCGCUGCCUAGAGCACUGUGACCAGGGCGUCGUCUGCACCCAACCUGCUGACAGCGACGACAGCUCCGGCCAUUAGAUCUGUUUGGUCAAGAAUCCUACCAUUUAAUCAUAAAAUAUCUUUAUG